AUGACCCAAAGAGAACAGGCCGCCUCGAAUAGUGCCAUAUCCUCCAACACAUCCGAAUCAACCACAACCUCAAAUAUCCUCCAAACAGCGGACAAUGUAUUAAAUACAGUGGGCGACAAAGUCGCCGAUGUAACUGGACAGCAUCAGGCUGUCCAAACGACCAUCGCAUUCGUUCAAGAGAAUGUUCUGAGAAUCAAUGAACAGCAAACAAAUGGCUCUGGAGAAGAAAAAUAUGAUGUUGAAGCAGUAUAUGGAUUUGGAGCGGCGAAGGAGCAUGUUGAUAAUGCUGGAGAUGAAAAGAUUGAGGAGUUUCUGAGGCAUCAGAAUCGGAGUUAUCAGGGGUGA